CUUACAUUUUCCAUUAUGCCGAUCAGCUGAGUCGGUUGUCGACUUCUCCAGAACUUUUUACUAUCUCAUUCGAUCAGCCAGGUACCUAGAAAAAAUGGAUUCUCGUCAGUUUGGAGUUCUACUUCUGGUGGUCUUUCUUGCCAUUUUGGCGCCAAUCGAAAAUGCAGAGGGGUCAAUUAGUUCGAACCCGGUUUCAUCGACAACGGAGAACCCUACCAACAAUUCCACUGCCCCAGCAAACACUACUACUACUCAAAAUUCGGGUACAACUAUUAGCAGUGCACCGUCAUCCUCAAUCGGAAGUCCUGAUUUUACCCAUCCCGAGAUGACAACUACCCCAGCUGUAUCAACUCAACUCUCAACUUCGGCGUCCAUACCUCCACCAGUUCAGCCAGUUACUGCUAUCCCAGCUAUUGCCACUACUAAUUCAGUUACGAACGAUCAUGGCAUCCGUGAUGUGUCUUCCGAUAUGGAAAAGUGCUCAACCAGUUUUGAGACUAUACUGGAAAAAGAAAAGGAAAACUGGAUUCUGGAGAGAGCAUUUUUGGCUGUAUCGGAUGAAGGUUCUACCAUCACGCUCGAGCAGUUUUGCAAACAAUUGCAGACCAUCAUGCGGCUGGACACCAUUUGUAACAAUGGAAAGAAUGCAACGGAUGCGGAAGAUGUUAAGGUUGCUCCAAUUGUUGCCGGUUUAGCUUCCAUGUUUACCUCCGUUUGCUCUGACCCGAAGACACGACUUAAUGUAACUGUUGGAGACUCUACCUCUUGCGUCGAAUUCAUUCGCGUAACAGCCAAAAGUUGUUCGGCGAACCCUCUUACCAAGGCUGUCCAUGUCUAUCCAACUCAGGUGAUCUUCGAAGAAAUGACUCGCGAUAAUUGCACGGUGGUGUCCAACACCAAGGAUUGUAUCAUCAAGGCAUUGGAACACGGUGACAAGUGUUCAUCAGCACAGCAAACUAUUAUCAUCGACGCAAUCACAAAGAUGACUAAAGGGCUGCCGUGUGUUCUUCCCCAUUCCGCAAAUGCUGCCACUUCGGCACCGGCGAUAACAGGGUCGGAUGUCACUACCCCAAAAACUCCUGGUAAUGCUGGCACGAAUUUCCAGGUGAACUUUUUCACCAUACUUCCAGUCUUAUUGUUGGCUUUCAAGUUUUACUAAAUCCAAAGAUAUCUAAAAUGGUUUUAAGCGAAAAAGCGAUUCUUUUUUUUUCAGUCUUUUGUGUUUGAGUUCCUUUAACUUAAUUUCAAAAGCACUAUCUGGCCAUGUAAAAAUGUUAGGCAAUGUAUUUUUCGUCUGUGCAAUUCUUACUUUUUCAAUGUGCAUUUCGAUAGCACUUUUUGUGAGAUUGCACUGCUGCACGCAGAAAAUUUAACUUAGCUCCAUUUCAGUCAUGUAUCAUAUCUCAGAUGUGUCGAAUACAAAUUAACUGUCGUUA